CUUAGAAGGUGUACAUUGCCAGCCCUGAUUAUCUCCUCUUUGCCUUAUGAGAGAGUGGCUCCCAUAUCUUUCCCCUUAUUCUCUGUUAUUCCCCAGCUCUCCCGAAGAGGGACUGCCACCCCACUCAGGACUCCUUCCCCUGGCAUGAGGUCCCCAGGACCUCUUCUCACUCUAGUCCAGUGCUUCUUAUCAGGCCAGGAGGGGCAGGAAUUCCUGGCCAGCUUGGUGGAGUUUCCGAAGCAGGAAAUACAACAAAGAAAAUUCUCAGUCAGUGGAGAGGUGGGGCUUGGGGGGGUACACACCAUGGAGUUCGAAGGGAAGAAAGGGAGAAAGGGUUUUGUAUCUCCUAUCCGUCGGCUGGUAUUCCCUAAGACAGGACGUCGGUCAGUUGGGAGAAGUCCUGUGAGCCGGAGGCCCCUCCACUCCGUGCCCCUCUAUCCCCCAGACUACCUCAUUGACCCCCAAAUUCUACUGUGUGACUAUCUGGAAAAGGAAGUAAAGUUUCUAGGUCAUUUAACUUGGGUCACCUCCUCCCUGAACCCCUCCAGCCGGGACGAGCUCCUGCAGCUGUUGGACACCGCACGGCAGCUGAAGGAGCUGCCCCUGAAGAGCACCCCGGAGCAGGACAGUAUCCUGAGCCUGUCAGCAAGAUGCCUGCUCCUCACGUGGCGGGACAACGAGGAGCUGAUCCUGCGCAUCCCCACGCAUGAGAUCGCGGCCGCUUCCUACCUGCAGGACGAUGCGCUCCACCUAGUCGUGCUCAAGACAGGCCUGGGUGUGGAUCCAGUGCCCGCUGGCCUGGAUGUGUGCCCCAGUGGCAGGCGGGAGCCUGGGGUGGCUGGCAUGACCCCUGAGAAGCGGUCAACAGGCAGCGGUCCUGAACCCAGACCACCUUCCAGUGGUGUGGAGCGACGCCACACCAUCUGCAGCUUAGACUGGAGGAUGGCCUGGGGAGGCACCGAAGGCCGGGCCACCAGCGGCGGAGGAGGCAGCUUGGAGCGAAAGCAAGGAGCUGGUGAAAAGAAUGCCAUGGGCCAGGCCUUUGGGAGCUGGGAGCGGAGACAGACCUUCAGUGGCAGCUGGGAGCGACGUCGAGGGGGUAAACCUGGGGGCAGCUGGGAGCGGAGACAGGGGAGCAAACCUGGAGGAAGCUGGGAACUUCGGCAAGGGGGCAAGCCCGGGGGCAGCUGGGAACGCCGCCAGACCUUCAGCGGAGGCAGCUGGGAACGCCGACAACCUGGCCUCAACCCCCUGGACCCCCAGGAUCCCAGCCCUGAUGCCUACUGCAACCUCAUUAUCCUAGCAGUUGCCAAUAGGGAUGCAGCAGAAGAAUCGUGUGCCCUCAUCUGCCAGGUUUUCCAGAUCAUCUAUGGAGACCAGACCAUUGAGUGUGUGGAUCGGGCUGGCUACCACUACACCUCCACCCCUGAACGGCCCUGGCUCAUCAGCCGCAGUGAGAGCUGCCGCACAGAUGGGACCUAUGGCUAUGAUGCUGACUUUAGUUGCUGCAGUUCUUUUAAUGGCUCCCAUGAUACCUUUGAAGCCUAUUAUAGCGGGACAUCCACACCCUCCUUCCAGGGGUCUCACUGCAGUGAAAGUGAUGGCAGCAGCCUGGGUCUGGAGCAGUUACAGGAUUAUAUGGUGACGUUACGGAACAAGCUGUCACCACCGGAGAUCCAGCAGUUUGCUCUGCUGCUGAGAGAAUAUAGGCUGGGGCUGUCUGUGCAGGAAUACUGUGGACAUCUUCUUCGGCUUUAUGGGGACAAGAGAAAGUUCCUUCUCCUGGGAAUGCGGCCCUUUAUCCCGGAUCAGGACAUCGGCUACUUUGAAGGCUUCCUGGAGGGUGUGGGCAUCCGAGAAGGUGGCAUCCUCACUGACAGCUUUGGCCGCAUCAAACGCAGCAUGAGCUCCACAUCAGCCUCCGCUGUACGAGGCUAUGACAGUCGGGCUCCCCGCCCAGAGGCCGAAGCUUUCAAUCGCAUUCUCACUGGCAUCACCCAUGACAUCGAGGCCCUGGCACAGGAGGGAGAGGAUGAGGGCAGCGGGGGUGACGGGGAGGGCCAGGAGAGAACAGAGGAAGGAGAGGACAACUACCUCUGAGAAUCAUUCCCCUGAAACAUGCUUAUGCUGGGGGCUGUACAGAGGGUAUGCAUGGUGUAGCUAUGACAAAAGGAAGGGCAGCUGAGGGUAGAGAACUAGAACAAGAACAAGAGACAGGAGGUCCUGGGUUCAAAUUUGGCCUCAGACACUUCCUAGCUGUGUGACCCUGGGCAAGUCACUUAACCCCAAUUUCUUAGCCCUCACUGUUCUUCUGUCUCAGAAUACUUAGUAUUGAUUCUAAAAUGAAAGGUAAGGGGGAGAGAGGGAGAGAGAGAGACAGAGAGAGAGAGAGAGAGAGAGAGAGACAGACAGACAGAGAGACAGAGAGAGACAGACAGACAGACAGAGAGAGAGAGAGACAGACAGAGAGAGAGACAGAGAGAGAGACAGAGAGAGAGAGAGAGAAAGAGAGAGAGAGACAAACAGAGAGACAGACAGAGAGAGAGAGAGAGAUUAGUGAUAACAGACCAACCCCAUGCCUCUUGGACCUACAGGGUUGCAGCCCUUUGUCCCACAAAAAGAAAUAAAAGUGUUUGCUUUUGGAA